CGGGAUACCCAGGCACCAUGGCCGGGCGUCGCCCCUCGCCGCCAUGGCAACGAGCCGCCGCCGCAGCGCGCACGCCACGGGCUAACGGAGCCUGCGGGCUGCGCCCCCCGCCCGCGGGCACGCACCCAGGGUCAGAGGCGGAGGUGACUCCACCAGGUUUGUGAGAGACGAUGAAUUUGGCUGAGAUUUGUGAUAAUGCCAAAAAAGGGAGAGAAUAUGCGCUUCUUGGGAACUACGACUCCUCUAUGGUAUAUUACCAAGGUGUCAUCCAGCAGAUUCAGAGACACUGUCAAUCAAUCCGAGACCCAGCAGUUAAGGGCAAAUGGCAACAGGUCCGGCAAGAAUUACUGGAGGAAUAUGAGCAAGUAAAGAGUAUUGUCAACACGUUAGAGAGUUUUAAAAUAGACAAACCUCCAGAUAUUCCUGUAUCCUAUCAAGAUGAGCCAUUUAGGGAUCCUGCUGUUUGGCCACCUCCAGUUCCGGCUGAGCACAGGGCUCCACCUCAGAUAAAACGUCCCAACCGAGAAGUUAAACCUUUGAGGAAAGAAUCACCAGGAUUGCAGCCGCGAGGGCCUGUGGGCAGAGCACACCCAAUAUCAAAAAGUGAAAAGCCUGCCAGUAGCCGAGAGAGGGAAUCUAGAGCUAAAGGGAGAGAGGACAAGGGAAAGAAAAUUCCACAGGAAGGUGCUGGUGAUGGGGAAAUUCAGAAAUUUGAUGGAGCAGGAUAUGAUAAAGACCUGGUUGAAGCACUGGAAAGGGACAUUGUAUCAAGAAAUCCAAGCAUUCAUUGGGAUGACAUAGCAGAUUUGGAAGAAGCCAAGAAAUUAUUAAGGGAAGCGGUGGUUCUGCCGAUGUGGAUGCCUGAUUUUUUCAAAGGGAUCAGAAGGCCGUGGAAGGGUGUUCUGAUGGUUGGCCCCCCUGGGACUGGCAAAACCAUGCUAGCAAAAGCCGUUGCUACGGAAUGUGGGACAACAUUCUUCAAUGUUUCCUCCUCCACUCUGACGUCCAAAUACAGGGGCGAGUCUGAGAAGCUAGUCCGCCUGUUGUUUGAAAUGGCCAGGUUUUAUGCGCCAACAACAAUCUUCAUUGAUGAAAUCGAUUCCAUCUGCAGCCGCAGAGGCACUUCCGACGAACAUGAAGCAAGUCGCAGGGUCAAGUCGGAGCUGCUGGUUCAGAUGGAUGGACUUGCAGGAGUAGGUGGUGCACUAGAAAACGAUGACCCUUCCAAAAUGGUGAUGGUGCUGGCUGCUACAAACUUUCCCUGGGACAUUGAUGAAGCAUUGCGAAGAAGAUUAGAGAAACGGAUUUAUAUACCUCUGCCAACAGCAAAAGGCAGAGCAGAGCUGCUUAAGAUUAAUCUUCGGGAAGUAGAGAUGGAUCCUGAUAUACACCUUGAGGAAAUUGCUGAGAAGAUUGAAGGCUACUCUGGGGCUGAUAUAACUAAUGUUUGCAGGGAUGCCUCUUUGAUGGCAAUGAGACGGCGCAUUAACGGCUUAACCCCAGAAGAGAUCCGUGCACUUUCUAAAGAGGAACUUCAGAUGCCUGUUACCAAGGGGGACUUUGAGCUGGCUCUGAAGAAAAUCUCCAAGUCUGUUUCAGCUGCAGACUUGGAGAAGUAUGAAAAAUGGAUGGCGGAGUUUGGAUCUGCUUAACCUCAGUGACGUCUCUUCUGUGCUAUAGUUUUUUUUUAAUCUUUUCCUGUUGUAAACUGUAAAAUGAGUUAGAAAUGUUUUAAAAGGUUUAAUAAAAGGUUUGAUAUUUUUUUUUCAUCUGGUGACAAGAAUCCUCCCCCCCCCCCCCCGUUUAAAUUUUGUUAUGCUUGAAAGGAACAAAAAUGGUAACCCACACGAGACAUAAAGAUGCUUUCUGACUGAAUAGUAAAAUGCAUACAUAGCAAGGGAAAAAUACACUUUCAAAGAUAAGCUGCACUUUUCCAGUUAAUGUCAGUGUUCCUUAUUUUCACACACACUAGUCCUUUCAUGGCCCAAAUCUGUAAAUCAGACAUGGGAGGGUGAUGAGAGAAACUAGCAGAGACUUGCUGCACACCUUAUUUGUAGGAAUCGCUGUAUUUCUAGUAAGGAUCAGGUUCCUUGCCCGUGUAUGUGGCACUGAAGUUACUGUUCGGCUGCUGCUUCUCCUUUCACUAGCUUAUUUUGAGGAAGUACAUGCGUAAAAUUGGCCUUGUUUACAGUAAGCAGAGAGCAGUUUGCAUCGAGACUCAAAUUGUUAAUGAUUUUGUUGGAAACUUUCAGCCUGAUUUUCCUCCCACUCUCACCAAUUUUACACUGGUGUAACUUCACAGACUUGACUUUACGCCAGUGGAAGUGAAAGGAAAAUUGGGGCACUUGAUUUCUUUUGGUCAAUCUUAGGCCACAUUUGCACCAGUUUAACCAAAGCUGUGAUUUUUAAACUGAUUUUAGUUGACCCUCUACUCUUGCACUAUUACUCAUCCCCCUAUAUUUUGUUUGUGUUUUCUAGAUUUUUUUUAAUUCUUAUUUAUUAAACACCAAUAGUGUGCUUGACUUAAUUCAAGACUAAUACCAAGCCCAGUCCUGCUCCUAGAAGACAGACACAGGACACGGAGCUCUCGUUUUCCUAUCAGUCACAAACACUCUCUUUCCUAGACUUGGUACAGGACAACAUUUGUUUACGCUGUGGAACUGUUUUUGCAGUUAAAACUAUUUUAUGCAGUUUUCUUAAAUGUGUAAAAAUGCUUCGACUGGGGAAAUGAUUAAUUUUGGUAGAUUGUCUCUCUUCUACCCUCCCUCCCCCCAUGCCAAUGUAGUGCUGAAAAAUGCUGGAUUGGCAGCUUUGGAGAAUGAAGGCCUCCGUCCCAGAGUGUGGCCGUCACACUGGAAGUGGCUGUGCUGGCCCCUCUCCACACGAGUUUGUACCGGAGCUUCCUCUGCUCGGAACAGAGAGAGAGUUCAGUUUCAGUGGCCAUCCUGUCCUUGGCCUCUCUGCUGAGGCUGUCAAUAAGGCUGCCAGUUGUGACGAUGGGGAUUGUAACAUCCACCUGUUCCUUUAUUAGACCGAGUCCACUUUUCAUAUAGUUGCCAAACUGCUAUGGCAUGGAAGCAACUUCUUGCUAUAAGUGACUUUGACCAGACCUAAAAAGGUUCCAUCUACCAACUCCACCGAGCGAGCCAUUCCUUCAUAGUACCUGCAGGACAUGGCCAGAAUUGUUUAGAUGAAUUGCUAGUGCAAACACAACUCUGGCACCUCACCCAUUCACUUGUUAGGGGAGAGAGAUGUCUGGGAUUUAUUCUACAGCAUAUAACUGGUUACGUGGGCUACAUUUGCAAUAGUUUAGCCAUGGAUUCAUUAUCUGUUGAUGCCUUGGAUGUAGACAGCACCUUGGGCUGAGCCUGUGAACGGUACGGUUUGCUGUUUUCAAACAAAGGGGCUGCUCUAACUUGAAUGGAAAAAAUCCUAAUAAAUGUCCUGAUGACUCUCA